AUGGAGGAUGAUUUGUACAUUCAGGAACUUGAAGAUUACAUUAGACAACACCAAAUUCAGAAGAUUCUUAGGGAGUCUAUAGUAAACCUUUGUCUGUACCGUCCAAAUGAUCCGAUUCGAUUUCUUCGUGAAUAUUUUGAGUCCCUUGAAUCCUCUAGUCAGCCUGAAACUACCUCAAAUAAAGCAGCAAAACGGUCUGUGCAGAUGGGAAGCCAAACAUCAGAAUCGCUUGGCCAAAUUCCUAGUCAUCCGUCCCCUGUAAUUUCUCACGAGUCCACUAGAGAUGCCGAAAACAUUCCUCCAAAUGAGCCGUCAGCAAGUGCUCAACGUCGUUAUUCUGGUGACCCCAGUCUGUCUACUCAGAAUGGCCUCAGUGAUGUUGACGAUAUCAGUGGAAGUAAUGCGGAAGUGUGUUUUCAAUCCUCUCCUACUCCUGGUGUUGCCAACUACAUGGUACCAAAUCCUAUCUCCGCUAAACGCCGCGUAAGGCGUGGAGCUGUCAGUGGGGAGGUUUAUACUGAAGAAGACGCAGCGUCGUACAUAAAAAAGGUUGUUCCCAAAGAUUACAAGACAAUGACAGCACUUUCUAAAGCCAUUGCUCGCAAUGUCCUUUUUGCUCAUUUGGAUGAAAAUGAACGAAGUGAUAUCUUCGACGCCAUGUUUCCUCUUCAUCGCAGUCGUGGUGACAUUAUUAUCAAGCAGGGCGACGAAGGAGACAACUUCUACAUAAUUGACCAAGGAGAAGUGGAGAUAUUCGUGAACGGUGAAUACGUGAGCUGCAUCGGGGAGGGAGGCAGUUUUGGGGAGCUGGCUUUGAUAUACGGAACUCCAAGGGCCGCGACUGUGAAGGCGCGCAGUGAUGAGGUGAAGCUCUGGGGCAUCGAUCGCGACUCCUACCGCCGUAUUCUCAUGGGGAGUACCAUCCGACGGAGGAAGAUGUACCAGGACUUUCUGGCACGUGUGCCCAUCCUAGAUAAUUUAGAGAAAUGGGAGCGACUAACCGUAGCGGAUGCUUUGGAGCCGGUUCGAUUUGAGACAGGAGAGUGCAUUGUCCAACAAGGCGACCCUGGCGAUGACUUUUACAUAAUCAUCGAGGUUCGAGAAGUUGCUCUAUUGUUGGACCGCCCGCGGGCAGCCACUGUGGUGGCACAGGGCCCAUUGCGUUGUGUCAAACUCGACCGCAAACGCUUCGAACGCGUCAUGGGACCCUGCUCGGAUAUCCUCAAACGCAACAUUGCUAAGUACAACAGCUACAUUUCCCUCACAGUAUGA